AUGGAGGAGCUUUCACUGUUCCACUCCAGACGAGAGUCUGCCACUGCCCCCGGACUCCCUCUCUUCUUUUCCCUCUCCAGACUCCCCCAGAUUCCCAAGUCUCAACUUCUCAUCAUGGUCGAGCUUAUCAGCCCCCCAGACCCCCGAGCUUUGCUUCCUCCUCUCCUCGCCUGUCUCCCCACAGCCUUUGUCUCUCCCCGCCCGCCACCAGCUCUGCUCCCACUGCUCUCGCCGAUCCUCCGCCAGCGGAUCCAGGUCCUCACCUCCUUAUCGACCUCCCCAGAUGAGUCCUGGCUGCGACUGCUCUGCUGGGACGCUGCCAAAGCCGAGCGUCUUCAGAGCAUUGUUGAUGGCGCUACCUUCGAGCCGCAUCCCGUUUCUGGCGAGAUCGAGCUCACCGAUGACCUCCCCGUGACCUACAAGCGGAUUGACGACGAGACCCUUCGUGCUCUAGUCACACUGCCGGAAUAUAGCUUGGCGGUGAUCUACCUCUGGUGCCCGACAGACGAAAAUGGUCGCGGCUGGCGGGUGGCGGAACUACUUCCGCGCGAAGGCCCCACUGACGACGAGAAGACCUGGGCUUCGUCGAUCGGGGAAGCAGACUCUCAAGAAAAGGAAAGACUCUUAGCUGAAGUACUGGAAGAGAAGGAAGAGAAGAACAACAGCCAGAACGACCCAGCCAAGGACGACGAAGAUGAUGACGAUGACGAUGACGAUUACUGGGCCCAGUACGAUGCCACUCCAGGCCAGACACCAAAGGUCAAGACUCCUGCUCCCGGAGCCUCGUCCACACACGGCCCAUCCGGCCUGUCAGAAGCUUCCUAUUUCAACCAAUACGGCAACCUGCAGCCCGCCAUGGACAACCACGAUCCGGCCGAGGAACAGCCGGAAGUCGGUCCAUCCUCCUUAAACGGCGAUACCCUCGCCAACCUACUCCGCCGCCAGGAAGCGGCCUUUGCACUGAACCACCCACGACCAGCCUCCACCUCCUCCAGUAGCUCCGACGCCAUCGCCAAGCUGGAACAGCACGCGGAGAGCCAGUCCACCUACGAGGUCGGCGUAAAACAACACAUCAGCACCAGUGUCAAGAGUCUCUUCCGGCUGGCUAAGGCGACGGGAAUGUCAAGGGCAGACUUCCAGUCUUUGGUCCAGACUGAGGUGGAGCUUUUGAAUGUGACGGACGACGAUAUUACGACCUUCUACGCAAUUCUCACAACAACCAAGCUCUCGAGUCUAACACGGGUUGCGAAACACUACAAGUACAAAAAUGAAAAUGAAAUCACCGCCCUCGACGCAGGCGGGGUAUCCGACGAAUCCGACGGCGUCCUGGAAGCGGGCUUUUCAGAAAACACAUCGGGCACCGACACCCAGGUGACAGUGUUAUUCCAGCGCGAGCUAUCCGCAAAAGACCCGUGGCACGGCGACGCCGACACGGAUGAUUAUCUUAACAAUAUAGAGAUUUCCUUUUCCGGAACAACUGGAACUUUCGACUUUUCCGAGCGUGCGGCCGGCGUUCUGGGCUUGGGACGACGGCUUGUUGUUGAUUUUGAUAUCCCGGAAAAUGAUCUGUGCCUUUUUCGGGAUAUGCUGAGACGGGUAGUCACGUGGGGUGUUCCUAGUCAGGUUCCGAAGUUGGAGGGGGUUUUGGUAGGGUUUCAAGUGGAAAUUGUGUGGUUUUAA